AUGGCGGUGGCGCACAUUUUAGUCAUCGGAGCUACUGGCCCAUCAGGGUUGCAAUUCUGUUCCGCCGCCCUUAAGGAGGGACACCGAUUAACACUCUACAUACGGAAUCCUUCCAAGCUACCUCCUGGUAUUAGCAACAAUGCAAAUGUGACCGUCGUUCAAGGCGCCCUCGACGAUGAAUCCGGCUUACGACGGGCCAUUUCAUCUGGAGCCAAGAUUUUUGUCUCGUUUGCAGGACCCGUUGCGAACUCGAAAGGCACACCCGUCACGGAUGCAAUGAAAUUGAUAUUCCCACUCCUGAUCGCUAACCAGUUCGAAAGAGCUUUGGUGCUCGGCACGUGUUCAUUCACAGCGCCAGGCGACAAAGGCGCUUUGAAGUGGAAACUGUCGAUUGUUCUCAUCAAGAUCAUCGGAGGGUCCGCCUAUGACGAGUUUACGGGAUUGGGCAGCUUUGUUACAUCUCAAGAGAUCUCACAGUUGAAAUGGACCCUCUUCCGGGUCCCUUUUCUUGGGAACGGUGUUGAGGCACCAGUGACUGCCACGUUCACGGGGUCCGGCAAGGAUGGGAUGUUUCUAUCCAGAAAAAGCAUGGCAGCAUGGGUUUUGAAGGAAAUGAAUAAUACGUCUGAUUGGAUUGGCAAGGCGCCAGUGCUAUCGAAUUAG